AUGCAUGGCCAGUCUCACGAAUGCCUGCGCCCCUGCGCCAAGGAGGAUUCUUCGAAAAAGUUAUGCCGCUACGAAUUCUUCGUCAGCGAAUUGCCUACCACGAUCAGUAUUCGUAAUGAAUCGAAAAUCGAGGACGAGUCGGUGAUUCGCAAAACGAGAAGCUUUCUAGGGAUCAAUGGAAGGAGUCCAGGACCUCAAAUAGAGAUCUGUCUUGGGGACACGAUAGAGCUACUUUUGUAUAAUAGAUUAGGCUCCCAGGAAUUUUCUUUACACUGGCAUGGAUUGCAACAAAGAGGCACCGCUCAUAUGGACGGUGUGCCGAUGAUCACGCAAUGCUCGAUACUACCAUUUGGCGGCUUUCGUUACAAUCUAAAACCGGAAACCACUGGCACAUACAUGUACUAUGCACAUUUAGUUUCGCAGCAAGCCGACGGCGUGUACGGGUCGUUGACAGUUCGAGGACCACAAGAUGACCCCAGCUUGGAAAGGAUGCUUCUCUUGUCAUCAAGGCCACCAACUCUGCUGUCGCGGCAUUCGCACCUACAUCCACCCACGCCGACCGAACUCCUCUUGAACGGCCAGAGUAAUGGAACGAUCCUGAAAGUCGAUCAUGGAGGACAAUAUCUGUUACGACUCAUCAAUGCCAAUGCUUACAAUUGUCCCGUUCGAUUAUCCAUCUCGGGACACGAGUUUCGAAUAGUGGCUGCCGAUGGUAAUGCUGUUCAAUCGGUGAUCGCCAAAGAGAUCGUUUCGUUUCCAGGUGAGAGAUUUGAUACGAUUGUCAAAGCAAAUCAACCUCCUGGAAAAUACUUGGUCGAUAUAAGGGGCUUGCAAGAGUGUCGAAAUCUUCGUCAGAAAGCAUUCAUUCUUUACAACGACGCACAGCCUGACAACGAGUUCACUGUAGUAAAAGAUGAAGAACUGAAAAUCGAUGACGAUGCAAUUGCGAACAAGGGCUUCAAUUGUCACGAAAUCUCCAAGAAUUUCAUUUGUGCGUUGGAUUUAAAAGGAUUGAAGGGAAUGCCGGCUGAGAUUAACGCGAAUCAAGUUAUUUAUAUCCCGUUCGACGUUAACGCUUUCCCUUCGUUCACGGAUGAGAUGACCGACAACAGAUACCAUUUUUACGGAUGUGCAUUCUACCCCUCUUAUCUUAGUACAAACAAAGAAGGAUCAAGGGUCGCGCAAAUUAAUGGUAUGUCGUUCAAAUAUCCUUCAUCCCCGUUGUUAUCGCAACCAGAAAAUAUACAAGAGGAAUCAAUUUGUUCUCUGGAAAGACGUUCGGACGAGUGCGUCGAUUCACCAUUGUUUUGUGAAUGCAUUCAAGUAAUCGAAGUACCGCCUAUGAGUACCAUCGAUAUUGUUCUGAUAGACGAGGGUUUCGGCGGAAAUGUUUCGCAUACGUUCCAUUUACACGGCUACAGUGCUAGUAUCAUUGGAAAAAACAAUUUUAAGGAAGCAAUCACCAGAGAGGAGAUUAAGUACUUGGACCAAAACGGACAAUUGCACCGUAAUUUGAUAGAUCCACCUCAAAAAGAUAGUUUCGUUGUUCCAAACAAAGGUUACGUUAUUCUCCGUCUCUUUACGGAUAAUUUCGGAUACUGGUUGUGGGAAGCACGAAGCACGGCAAUUUCUCCAGGAAUGUUUGGUCCCGCUAUGCAAUUUUUACUAAAGGUGGGAAGUGACGAGAGUUUCGUACCCGUUCCUCUAGAUUUUCCUACUUGUGGGAACAAUAAACGUCCAGACAUGGUAUUCGAAAUGAACUGACAUUGGCUGUAUAUAUAUAUAUAUAUUUUUUUUUUGUAUGUAGAUUUUUGUUGAUUAUUUAUGUAAGUUUAAUUACCAUCG